CAGAAGUUUGUAUAAUGAAGCACUUCGCUAGUUGAAAGAGAAGGAAUAACCAGUAAAAUUAAAUGUAUAUAAUAUACAUUAGUUUUAAUAAGAAUAAUAUUCUGUAAUUAUGAAUACUUGGUCAUGAAAUGCUUUUACUCAGUACAGUAAAAUUUGAUAUAACAGGUUUAAAUAAUUUAGAGAAGAAUCAAGAGGAAUGACAAUUCAUGUUUCAACGAUGAGUACGUAACAAAUAUUGCGAGGCUACGAUUCUAUUCGGAUUCAAAACUCGGAAUCUGAUUGGCCAGACAUAAUAAGUACAGAGUUGAUAAAAAUGUCUGUCCAGGACCGUCGCCAGUCAUUAUUUCGUAUACCCCACAAAUAAUAUCGUCAUGUCUGGUCGUGGAAAAGGUGGCAAAGUAAAGGGGAAGAGCAAGACUCGGUCCAGCCGUGCUGGUCUUCAGUUUCCUGUAGGUCGUAUCCAUCGUCUUCUGCGAAAGGGAAAUUAUGCAGAAAGAGUUGGUGCUGGAGCUCCAGUGUAUCUUGCUGCAGUUUUAGAAUAUUUGGCAGCUGAGGUUCUUGAGUUGGCCGGUAAUGCUGCUAGAGAUAACAAGAAGACCAGAAUAAUUCCAAGACAUCUGCAGCUGGCCAUCAGAAACGACGAGGAGUUGAAUAAAUUACUCUCUGGCGUCACAAUUGCACAAGGUGGAGUUCUACCCAAUAUCCAGGCUGUUCUACUUCCCAAAAAAACCGAAAAGAAAGCAUAAUUCCUACUUCCC